GGCGAGCGCCGAGCGCCGAGCGCAACUGGGAAGCGGCAGAGUGGGAAGAGGAGAAAGGGGAAGCGAGAUCGCCGCCGCCGGUGAAGGCGCCGGCACCGACGUCACCGAUCGCCGCCUGCUUCCUAGAGACUUUGACAUCAUGCAGAACACCAGCAAAAUAUCGAGCACCACAAUCACGUCGCUCAGCGACGACGUGCUCACCGAGAUCCUCUUCCGCCUCCCGUCCCUGGCCUCGCUUGCCCGCGCCGCCCUCACCUGCCCGCGGUGGCGCCGCCUGGCCACCUCCUGCGAUUUCCUCGCCGGCUUCGGCGCGCGCCACGCCUCGCUCCCGCUUCUCGGCUGCUUCUUCUACGCCGACGACGGCUACUUUGAGGUCCCCGUCUUCCAGCGCGCAAGGAACCUCCCUGACAUGGACCUGGCCGCUGUGGUCCGCGGCGGCGACUUCCUGCUAUCCAGCUUCUUCGAAGAUGACCUGUGGACGUUCAAAGACAUUUGUCAGGGCCUCCUCCUCUUCGCCAGCGACGACGAGCUCGCCGUGUUCAACCCGGUGUCGCGCCGCCGCACGUGCGUACCCUUGCCGAACGGUGAGCAUGACAGGGAGACCUCGGUCGACUGCUUGCUCCCUGCCGCCGACGCGGCAUUCCGCGUGGUUUCCCUAGAGCGCGAUGAGCAGGAGCGGGUGCGCGUCCACGAGUACAACUCCCGCAUGGGCGAGUGGCGUCCCCAGCCGUGGACGCCGCACGGCAUCAUCAACUGGAGUCCGGACGAUUCGUUGCGGGCGAUGCAUGCUGCCGGGCGUAUCUACUGGAAGCACAGCAACAAGCUGCUCUGUCUCGAGACGGCCCCUAGCGGGUCGGUGCAGGUAAGCCACGUUGCCCUCCCACCGGUGCCAGGCUUAGCAGAGGCGGCGGCGUCGUACGUGGUCGGGGACAUGGAGGACGGCACUUGCUGCCUCGCCUGCGUCGCAAUGUCUCGACGUCUCCGGAGCCGUACGCUGCAGGUGUGGCUUCGCAGGGAGGAUGGCGGCGGGUCCUGGGAGUUUGGAUGGGAGACCAAGUUCCUCUCAGGAUAUUCACUCUGCGCGGUGAAUGCCGGCGUUGUGCUGUUCGAGGACUACAGGGCCUAUCGCCUCAACGAGCUCGACGAGUUACGUUUUGGAGGCUAUCCUCAGACGGAGGCAUCCUUCUUCGCCAGCCGUGGAUCGGAGGCGUACCCGUAUGUGGCAUGCUCCACCGUGCUGCUGGGCAGGCUCAUACAAGACGACGGAGAUGAGGCACGCGCGCCGCCUGGGUGAUCAACUGCCGAGGCCGAACAUCAUCAAUUUUCUGAUCGGACGUGAUAGAGUCACUGUAGCAAUCGCCGAACAUCAUCAAUGCACUCCUCACCGUCCUACUUGUAAUCAAACACUACUUGUAAUUUCCGGCAAGGAAAUAGGCUAAUGACAAAACUACCUGCAGGAAUCGCAAGACGAAUCUAAUGAGAUAUAUUAAUUUAUGAUUAGUGAACGGUUACUGUAGUA